UUUCUGAUGCUGCUCUGUUGUAUUUGGGAGAUACAUUAUCUCUGUUUAUCUUUCUUGUUCUGUUCUGUCGGUAUAUUUUGGCUAUGAACAAAGCCACUCAGGCUGCGGUGACAGACUGCUGCGUUGACAGGCCACAGUCUCUGAGCUCACAUGCUUUUUGUGGCUCUGUCUCUCAGAGCAGUGCUUCCCAAAAAAAGACGCUGCAUCAUGGGGCCCACACUUUAGUACGUUCCCCUCUGAUCCCUCUCUUAAGGCCUAAACAGCAGCUGCGGAGAUUAGAAAGGAGAGGACAACGACACACACACAGACUCUGGCUCACAGCAACACGAAUGUCCAGGAUAGAUCUGGUUCAGACGGCAGUGGUCUCUCAUCAGAAGCCCCUUUUGGCUGGAUCUUUUCACCUCGCCUGGACUCUAAAUUUCUGAUGACCCCUUAUGCCCGUGGAUCUCCAGCAGCCUCACUGUGGUUCCUGUCUUCUGUUGGAACCUCUGUUCCCACACGGCCACUUCAUUUUGGGGUCCAGACUGAAUUAUACACAACUUUAAGACCUGACCUUUCUGUACUAAUCGCCUUUGGCCAUGAGCUUCUUCGGGUACCGUCGAGAGCUGAGUAAAUAUGAAGAUGUCGACGAGGACGAGCUUCUGGCUUCCCUCAGCCCUGAAGAGCUGGCUGAGUUGGAAAAGGAGCUGGCAGACAUUGACCCUGAUGCCAAUGUGCCCAUAGGACUCAGACAGAGAGACCAGACAGACAAAACCCCAACGGGCACCUUUAGCAGAGAGGCCCUCACGAAGUAUUGGGAAAAUGAGACACGUAGAUUGCUGGAGGACGAGAUAAGUGGAGGAAGCCCCAAACUGGAUGAAGAACAACAGGAGUGUGUAACAGAAGGAAACAGUGGAGAGGAGGAUGAAAAAGAUGUUGAAAAUGAGAAAGAACAGAAAAAGUACGAAAAACAGAAAGAGAAAGACAAGAAAGAAGAAGAAGAGGAGGAGGAGGAAGAGGAUGAGGAUGAAAUAGAAGAGGAAGAGGAGGAAAGUGAAGAAGAGGAGGAAGCCGUAACAGAGGAGGAGGAGGAGGAGGAGGAGGAGGAAAUCGAGGAAGAGGAAAAGGGAAAUGAUAAUAAAUUAAAACCUGAACCCUCAAAAGAUUCUGGGAUGCAGACGUCACAGACCGAUGUCCCAAUGCUACUGAAGCCACAGAGGGUGGAGCCCAUGAGACUGACUCCUCCUCCUCCACCUGCUGACCCAAACACGCCAGGAAACCCAACCGUUGUUGACGAAGCCCUCCAAAGGGUUCUUAGUAAUGACUUUGAACUCACAGAGGUUAAUCUCAACAACAUUGAUGAUAUCUCACAGGAAACCCUUAUCCGGUUUGCUGAAGCACUGCGGUCCAACACACACGUGCGAGUCUUUAGCCUUGCAAACACCCGAGCUGAUGACCCUGUGGCUCUGGCCAUUGCUAAGAUGCUGAAGGAGAACUCGUCCAUCACCAGCCUGAAUAUAGAGUCCAACUAUGUGACUGGGAAGGGCGUAAUGGCGCUGGUACAAGCACUUCCAGGAAACAAUACCCUGACUGAGCUUCGGUUCCACAACCAGAGACACAUGUGUGGAGGACAGGUAGAAAUGGAAAUGGUGAAGAUUCUCAGAGAAAACUAUACAUUGAUCAAGCUGGGCUACCAGUUCAACCUGCCUGGUCCCAGGAUGAGCAUGACAGGGAUCCUCACCAGGAACCAGGACCGCCAGAGACAGAAACGCCUGCAGGCGCAGAGACAGCAGCAGCAACAGGGUGCAACAGAAGGAGCUGUCAACCCCAGAACCACUGCACUGAAAGGAACUCCCCAUUCAUCACCUUACAGCUCACCCAGAGCCUCUCCUUGGUCCUCACCCAAACUCCCCCGGAGUGACCCGGCUAAAAAGCAGACUCCUCCCACUCCUCCUCCUCCUCCCCCUCCACCACCUCCUCCUCCCCCACCUCCCCCACCGCUGCCUCCCCCUCAGCGUGAGAAGAAGCCCACCAGGAUGAUCGCAGAAGUCAUCAAGGCGCAUGAGGCGGGCAGCAAGAAGGUGGCAAAGACAAAAGGUAAGAAGGGCAAGAAAGGGAAGUCGAAGGAGUUGGGCAAAGACGAGACGAGUAGCAUCCUGAAGGAGCUCAAGCAUGCGCUGAGGCCUGUGUCGGUGGACAGAAGAGGGGAUGAGGGCAGCAGGCCAUCCACGCCAAUGAGGUCUGCUCAUGACCAGCUGAUGGAGUCUAUCCGCAGCAGCAGCAUUCGCAACUUGAAACGGGUGGAACUCCCACAACAUAUACGAUAAUUCAAGCAGAACUAAAAAAGUUCUACUCUACUCAUUGCCAUGGAAACUGGGGGGAGUCUGCAUCAUGAUGACGAUGGAGUGACCAACAAGAUUAUGAAAGUACAAGACGAAUACAUGUUGGGAAUCCUGCGGAGGCAAAAACUGAAUUCUUACUCAUGAAAAAGAACAUAUAGUGGAAAUUUGCACUGCAACAACAGCUCAACAUUUUACUUAUGUUUAGUUUUUUUUU